ACACAACACUAACCCUUCCAACUGAAGCAAAGCACAACCCUCAUUGUUUCCUCCGCCCAAACCCAAAUGGCCUCCUCUCUCACCUUCUCCCGAUUGCUCUCCUCCACCGCUGUCGCCACCACCACAUCAACCAAACUCGCUCUCUUACCUCCUAAAGCAGUCUCUUUCCUCCCUCACCCACUCAAACAUUCCCUCCCCUGCCGCUUUUCUAAGCCUCUCACUCUCUCUUUCUCCACCAAAAACCCAACCAUCUUCGCCGCCAUUUCUCUCGGUGACAAACUUCCGGACGCCACUCUGUCUUACUUCGACCCGGCCGGGGAACUCCAGACCACCACCAUCUCCUCCCUCACCGCCGGCAAAAAGGCCAUCCUUUUCGCCGUCCCCGGCGCCUUCACACCAACCUGCUCUCAAAAACACCUCCCGGGAUUUGUCGAAAAGUCCGCUGAGCUUAAGGCCAAAGGCGUGGACACCAUCGCCUGCAUUUCUGUAAACGAUGCGUUUGUUAUGAGGGCGUGGAAGGAAAAUCUUGGAAUUAAAGAUGAGGUGCUCUUGUUGUCUGAUGGGAAUGGCGAGUUCACAAAAGCAAUUGGUUGUGAGUUGAAUUUGAGUGAUAAACCCGUUGGGUUGGGGAUUAGGUCAAGAAGGUACGCGCUUUUGGCCGAGGACGGCGUCGUUAAGGUGCUUAAUUUGGAGGAGGGCGGCGAGUUUACCUUCAGUGGAGCUGAAGAUAUGCUCAAAGUGCUCUGAGUCCGGUGAGCUUUAGAUUAAUACGAGAGUUGAAGAAUUAAAACUUCCUAAUAAAAUGGGAUACAAUAAGUUAGGUUUUGUUCAAGAUUUUGUAAUUUUUUUUAUGUUCUUGUUUGUGAAAUUGUGAUGGUAAUGCAUAUUGUUCCAUUGAUUUGGGGCUUCCUUUUUUAAUUUCCUGUUUGCCUAUUUUUGCCUUAAAGAUGUUGCAUCCUGCAGGGUUGAUAUGUUUUUUUAUUGUCUAAUGUUUUGGGCCAUGAAGGAAUGUGACUUUUAAUGA